CCCCCCUUGUUGCUGUUGUUGCUGUGUUCUUCUUCUCAGCGCCCCCACCCCUCCCUCCCUAUUGCUCUGGGCCGCUGCUGAGCCCCCGAGCUUCCGAGCUUCGACAGGCUGCCGGUGGCUGUGCCCAGUGGUCAACAACUGCUGCCUAGACGGGACCCGACGUGCGGCAAUCAACGCUGGCACUGCCAGACUGCCAUGUGCGCCUUCAUGUUUUGCCCACCACUGCAGCCCCGGCCUGCUCACGUCCCAGCUUCUUAAGCAAGUCAAGAGCUCGACCUCGGCCCCGGCCCAGGCCCAGGCCCAGGCACCCUAUCAUCGGUACCAGAAGCUACCCCAGGGGUUUGGGGCCGUGAAGGAUUUCGAACUGGCUUCAAGAUCGAGGCAUUUUCGGCCUUUUGCCGCCCCUUGGACGGGCCUGCUGACCAGGCGAUGGGAUCGCCGUGCGAGGCCCCCUCCGCAGCGUCAAAACAGGUGUGGCUAGCACGACAAAAGCAGGACACGCAGGGCCGACAUCUUGGCUCGAUGGGGCAGUUGAGGCAGUUGAGGCAGUCGAGGCAGCUGAGGCAGCUGAGGCAGACUGUCGGGCGAACCACGCUGCGAUCCUUGGCGGCGGGCGAACCAGAUAGCGGACCCGACUAACAGCAGCUCUGCUCUUAGCCGAGAGUUGAGGCUGGCAGGCUGGCCGUCCUGGUCUGGUGCUGCUGUGUGGCGCGGGCUCCUCGCCGAGCCUACAUUAACGACUACAUUCAUGUGUCACGCACGCCGGCUCCGCAUCUUGAGACCUGCAGAGAGCCCUGGCCCGGACGACAUGCAUGUCUCUCACGCUCACUCUUCACUCUCACUCUCUGCCUCAGCCCCCACCACGCCUCACUGGUCAACAAGUACCUCGGGGGGACUACAUCGUCGCCUUCGCGAGCUUGGAACCGCAGCACACAGCGCGCCCUCGUGAUCGGCUGCGCGUGCUCCUUCAUCCCGUCUCGAUGGCCUCGCUGUGAGCAAACAAAAUGGCUCACUGGUGCCGAGAGGAUUCCGUCGACAUGUCUCCCAGUUUGCUGGUACCAGGUGGCCAAGCGGCCACCGAUAUCUUGUCGUCCCAAGGGUGGAGGUGACGUGCAAACAGAUGGGAACACACGCUUGGCCCACCACACCCUCUUCGUUUCCCUGCCCACAAGCCUCGUCCACCCUGCAUCGCGGCUCAUCCCUAUGUGGACCCACUGCUCUCCCUGCCUCUUGCAACAUCCCCGCCAUGUUUUCACCCUUGUUCGUCGGCUAUGGGCAUCACGUCGUCCACUUGCCUCGCUUCUAUUCGACGGCACGAGCGUGCUUGUCAGCCCCGUCGAGGCGACCGUCAUCUGCAGAUUAUCAGGCCUCGAUCGGGAUACACCCCUACUGCGGGCUUGCUUGAUGUCACCGCCCCGUCCUCACCGUUACUUGAGCCUUUUACUGCACGCUCUCUACUUGGGACUCGGCCCUCUGGCGCGUGUGCCUGGCACUUGACGUCGGUACCUGGCUCGCCGAGCUCUGAUUUGAUAGCCCGUCACCCCUGACAGCACACCGGCGCCAGCUUUCUCUACAUGGGCCCCGCCUACGCUUAUCCUUCGCUCUGUUAUUCCGGUCCUGCAUGUCCGCAAUUGGGCAGAGUCUCAGGCUAAGUGGCUGUAUCAUCUUCUAGAAGCCAUGGGUGAGUCAACCUGCAGUUGAGCCUCUUCUCCCUGCCGAAGCUCCUUGCCCGUCAGCGACGCUUCCAUCGCGUCUUGCGGGGCUCCGAGGCCAUUAUGACCGUCUUCUGUGUUGUCCUGGUGGUCCUGCAUAUUUAUGCCUCAUCGCCUAUGCCGACAUCGUUCAUCGUGGCCAUGGGGAGCAAACGCCCAACCAGUCGGACCAAUAAAUCGCUUGUCCCCAUCAUCCCAUGUCUCGUUGUCGGUGUCGUUUGCUCGCCUCAUAUGUCCAAAGUGCCAGUUUUACCAAGCCCGUGCCCUGCCACACCAGACUUGCUCUCUCAUUGUCAAACGGCGCCCGUCCAGCUCCCGGAUCAAGAUAAUUACAUAUAUCAGCCAUAGUCGAGGGCGAACCCUUUUAGCUUCAGCGUCCUCUUCAUCUACCUCCGGGCAUAGCAAUUCAUCUCUGAGAAGUGCCUUUGAUCAAUUUGCGGCAAGAUCCUGCCCCUGCUCGCUUUGUGAAUUCUUUUCCCGCAGUAUUCUCCAUCCGCUCUCCGCAUUCCACAUAGCCGCGUUCCUCUUCAUAAGCCUUGCCGGUGGCCGGCGUGCCCAUGCCAGGAUGUCUGGCGAUCGAUUCGACUACAUACGAGUGCCCACGGCUUACAACAGUUUCGGUUUUGAUGCCAACGACUUGGUAGACUAUAGCAACUACAACGGGAGCCUACAAAGAAGUUUGUCCGGGAUUUCCGACGACACGGCUUCCUUGGGGUCCCCAACGACAUAUCAAGCCUCCCCAAACUUGGACAACUUCAGCUACAACUUCGACUUCACCCACUACCCUAGUAACCCAUUACCAGCACCAAGAUCUACUACGUCCACCACAGGUAGCACCUACGCUACCCCUUGGACCGACACAAGUAGCGCCCGGUACAAAAGCGCGUACAGUUCUCAGUCGGCCGUGACAGGCCCUGUCAACAGACAGUCAAGCAGCGUCAUGGCAACCCAAGCACCAGAAUACGUCUGCCUAUAUGACGGCUGCCGGCAGAAGGCCUUUCGGCGGUCGGCCGACCUGGACCGACACAUAAAGCACGUGCACCUGAAGCCCCCGGACGUGUACUUCUGCGACUACAACCGGUGCCCGCGGAGCGAAAAGGCCGUGGCAGCAACCGGGGGUGCGACGACAACGUCCAGCCUCAUGGAGACAGUCACGUCCCCCGGCGCCGGCGGCAGCAGCACCGCAGCCGGGAUCGGGGCCUUUGGCCGCAAGGACCAUUGCCGUGCGCACUACCGCGAGUAUCACCGGGAGGACAUAACGCGGCGCAACGGGAAGGAGUCCGCCAGCUGGUUCGACGACCGCAACAUCUCCAGCACCUGGUGGCGCUGUACAAAGUGCCUGCGCAAGGUUUCCAACUCGCGGUCCGGGUGGGAGUGCCGCGACUGCGGGCAGAUGCUGGAGCCCGAGCGCAUAAGCGCCCGCAAGAGGAUGGGUAUCAAGGGCUCUUCCUCGUCCUCGAGGGCUUACUGACUGACUGACUGACGGGAGGAGCCGGGUGGCCACUCCUGUCGGUUGUUGGCGGGGGGUGAAGGGUGUGUGGGGGGGGGGAGAUGGCGGGUGUUGUGCCGAUUGGACUCGAGCUUCUGUCUCGUCUCUGUGGGUGGAUUGGCGCUCCGGAGCUGGGUUGCAACGUGUCUAUCACGCUUCGCUGAAGGAUUGACGUCGUGUCACCCGCGGCGGCGACCGCACCCUGCAGGCAGGCAGACAGCAGUUCUCCAAGCCGGGAGGCAAGGCACCAGCUUGGGCUACGCGAGGCUGUCUUGCCGCAUUUUCCCAUCGGGCUUGCGUUCGCGCUCUGCCUUGUUGCCUUGUUGCCUUGUCCCCAUGCAUGCUUUUAUUUCAACACUUCUGCUUCUUUAUGAGGCACCCGCACACCCACUGACACGCGCAAAGCAGGAGGUCGAGGCGGGCGGAAAGGGAAGGUUCAAUGGGCUUUAUUCUGUUCUUGUAACCCCCAAUUUUUGAAGUUUUGCGUAUUUCCUGUCGCCCUUCCCACUUGCAUAUCGCGUCAAUCUCCCGGCGCCUGGUGUUUGCUUGACACAGUGCCUCGUGGCUUUUCCGUUGCUGCUGCUGUCUACAGAGUUCCCAUAUCCAUGGCGUCUUUGGAGCAUCCCAGGAUCAUCGGCAGCCUGGAUCGGGCUCUUCAGAGCAUGGCUUCAAUGUUCACAUCCUUUUUUUCUCUGCCUUUGUUUUUUUCUUUCCUCUUUUUUCUUUUUCUUUUUCCCUUUACAACUAUCGCUCUGUGCUCUUGUUUUCUCCAGCUCAUGGGGCUGCCUUGCUUGGUUCGCUUUGGAGGGGUGCGGUGUGGCGCGGUAUGGCGAUUCAAGGCAGACUGACAGGCGUAACGGCGUAUUAUGAGGUUGAAGUGCAUUUUUCACUCAGAAGAUUGGGUUGGCGUUGGGCGAGGCGCAAUGUCAGCCGACUAAGAUGGUGUGGAGAGACCGGUGCUUGUUGGUGGUUAUACGUUGGUGCGGUUACACAGCAUGAGGAUAAGAGGCGAGGGCUUCUGUCAGUGUUGUGGCAGUGUAAAAUUCAUACACAUAUUGCUCGGAUGACGAAACUUUGCCAGGAAAGUUCCCACGCCAUCAUUUGCCUUUUAAACGCCGUCAGAAGUGCUUUCUAUAACUGUAAAUCUGCCUACUUAAGUAGGUGAUGUAUAAUUUAAUUGCACGUGGGCUGCCAUUAUACGCACAACCUGUUUCCGUUAUGAACAAUAGCCAAUGAGGACGUGGUCGAUCUCAUGUUGAUCACUACAACUUUCCCAGUUUCACUGCGUCUACGUCCUACAGGACGAAGCAUAUUCAAUUACCAAUCUGUUAUGGUGAUUGGGGUCCGGGGCCAUAGCCCGUUCUCAAAGCAUUUUUGCAACCAUAUCGCCUUUGAUCACGUGUAGCCUUAAACUUUUAAGCAUGCGCAACGGCUCACCUGUGAUCAAUAGGAGAUGGCCCAAGGCCUAUGUCAAUCGUAUAUACAUGCAACGGCUUUGUGAUCUGGCUCUGGCCGUCCGGCUGGAAAGGAGCUCCCCGGUUCAACUGCGCAGCCGGCAGCCACAGCCUGUUCUGGUUGUCAACCCACAUCGCAUCAACCCAGAGCAGUCUCUCGUCCCGGACAAUUGUUGUCCUCGUGCCAUUGGGAUAGAUCUUUUCAACAGCGUGACGGUCCGUGUCACUGACAUAAAUGUUCCCCUCGGAGUCGAUAGCGGUCCCGCCGGUGGACGGCGUCAGCGCAUACGGCUCAACAUGGCCAGACAAGACGCCCAAGCUUGCCAUGGAUGAGUUGUAGAACGCCUCGUCAAGGAACCUUGUCUCGAUACGCGACAUGCCUCCGGAGGCGGGCUGAUAGUAGAGCCACUUUCCGUCCGGGCUGACCUCUAGCUGGUCCGCAUGUACGUACGAGGGCUCCCCUGAGGAAGACCGCAGGAUGGUGCCCUCACCGCUCGGGGGCGUGAACGCCCCGACAGACAGGUCGCCUUCCAGGAGCCGCACAGCAUGACCGCUGUCCAGGUCAAGGACGAUAAGCGCGCCGCCGGCGCCGGCGUCGGUCAGGUAGGCCCUGGCUCCAGUGGAGUCGAAUCGUACGUCGUCCAGCAGGCUGUCGGAAAGUGUCACGUUCCCCAUGGGGUAGACACGUGCGACCUCAUUUGUGCUUGUGUCGACGACAACCAGCUUGGGGCCUUGGGGAAGGAUGACAGGGCUGCCGAAGCCAGGAGAUCCGGUGUCGACCAGCCACAGGUUGCCAGCGGGGUCGACACGCUGGCUAUUGACGCGUACGAGGGUAGUGGACGGGUCACUGUCACUGUCCGGGCCGGCAUAUGAGUUCCACCGUGAGUCUGGGUACGGGACGGUGGUACCGUUGACCCACUCGACCACCUCGGGCAGGCCCAUGGCCUGCGUGCCGUCGACGCGGGCGUAGAGAACAAAGAGGCGGCCGUCUUGGGUUGUGCUGACGCCAUUACAGGGCGUGUCGAGGGUCAGAGCGACCUGGACGCGGGGGUCUUGAGAGGCCAGGCGAGAGGAAGCCACCGCAGCGGCCAGCACAAGGGGGCGAAGACGCAUAUUCCGUCAAAGUCACAGUAAUGUUGCCCUCGGCGGUGUGGCCAGGCGGCUUGACAAGAUGUCAUGCACACGCUCAUGGAUCCGUGGGUGGUAUUUAUACCCAGCACCACGGCCAUGAGGACGGAUUGAGUGGUACAAUGCCGCAGUGGUGACGUGCGGAACCCCGCCAUGAGGCGUGAAUGAGCUGCUUAUCAGCCAAUCUGCAUGGUGAUGGCGAUGCAGCCCACUGCUCACUACAUACCCGGUACUAUGCAGUAAGUACCUAGGUAGGUAGCAAAGCCGGCGCGAACCCACAGAGAUGAGCCGCACAUAAGCCCACGGCUGAUCCUGGCAUCGGCUGCCGGGUUGUGGGGAAGCAUGUGGUUCCUGACAGCCUCGCAGCCGUCGACAAGUCUCGGGGGACUUCAGGAAGGCCUCUCGCGCAUGCACCACGCUGGGCACGCGUGAAGCCAUUGCGAACUGGCAGGCAGCUGGUAGGAUGGCUGGAUGGCUGGAUGGCUGGAUGGCUCGGUCAGUGAAGAAACAGCUGGGGUCGGUCCCUUGGCGGCACCGAGUCCAGGUCCCGCCGGGUGGCUGUUUCGCACCAGCAAGUCAGAC